AUGUAUUUACUUCUCUAUUUAUGUUUAAACCAAGAUAUAAAUUUUGCUUUACCAAAUAUUCAUAGUAAAGAUAUCAAUGAAAUUAUAUUUUCAUCGUUACCUAAUAGAGACCAAUUUCAAGUAAAAAUCAAUCGUGGUAAAGAUCAAUUAAAUGCUUAUCAUUCAACCAAUACAAGAGCAAACGUAAUAAAAACGGUUUUUAUCAUAGGCGGUGGUAUUCUUAUGUUGGUUAUUGUUGGUGGUAUUAUCAGUAUUAUUGUUUACUAUGUCAAACAAGAAUAA